AGCAGCUUCCUACACUUACAAAAUGACAUUAAGAUCUUGUUUAAACAUCUUCCCACAAUGUCAAACCAACGCUAGUGAUCUUCAACACCAAAUGACAGAUGAUGAUAAUGGGUAUUUUGGUUCCUUCCUGCAAAGCCAAACUGACAUUCUCACUACUCUGCUCUACUCUCUAAGCAAUAUUUGGUUGCAGAAUGAAGCAACUCUCCAGUUUCCUUCUCAUGUUGGUUCUAACAGGUUCUUUUGUGCUGAGUAAGACUCAUUCACCUACAACACCUAUAAUUCCUUUCUUUGAGAGACCAAAUGAAGCAGGAAGGAAUCAAGAGCUGAAUAUAUUACAAGGGGAAUCCCUCCGCAUAUAUCUCUUCUGUGACCAGGAACAUUUAAACACAGCGAAAGUAUGGUGCAAAGAAGAACCGCUGAAAGGAUGUCUCCUCCGUACAAAUCCUGUGAUCUUCUCAGAGCCAGAAUGGAAGGUUCUAACUAUGGCAUCAAAUCAAAAAGUCAAACUGGGGGAUUCAAGGAAAAGCUGUGCUUCUGUACACAUGACAACUGUUGAAGUAGAGGAUUCAGGGCUUUUCUGGUUUGGACUACUGCAUGGCCAGAAAAUUAACUAUUUGUCUCCAAUUAAAAUAGUGGUUCAUAAAGGUCUUUCAGUACCUAGUACAACAGACUCAUCUCCUACAUUUAGAACACCUUCCUUUGAAAGUUCAAGCAAAAUAGAAUGGAAACCAGUAAAGGUGACAGUAACACAAGGUGAGCCCCUCAGCAUAGUGGGCUUCUGUGGACAGCAGCAUCUGAAAACAAAGAAAGUCUGGUGCAAAGAAGAACUGCUAAAAGAAUGUAAUCUCAAAACCCAUGGACAGCUCUUGGGACCAGGGUAGAAGUACCUAACAACUGAAUCGAAUCAAAGGUUCAUAAUAAGAGGUUCUACGAAUGGCUGCAUUUCUUUAUUCGUGACAGAUCUGCAGUG